AUGGAACAGUUGAGAUCUAAAUUAGAAGAAGUCAUUUUAUUUCUUAAACCAUACUUACCUAUUGCUAAUAGUCAUGUAGUUAAUUUUAUCACUAAUAAUCUAUGGGAUAAUGUUAUUCCUGAAGAAAUAAAAAGAGAUAUGAGUGUAAAAAGUUCACACGUUCUUUUCUCAAAUUUUUGGUCGGCCAAUCCAAGUCCUGAUUCACUUACAAGGUUUGUUGCUUUAGCCAAAUGCAACAAUUUAGAAUCAUACCCAAAAUUUUGCUAUAAAAAGUUAGACAGUGUUAAUACUUUACUUCAAAAUUAUGGCAUUAACUCUGAAAGCGACACUUACGAACUAAAAGAAUUCAUGGCGGCCAAGAAGAUGCACGAGGUAGAAGUAAUGGCUAGAGUAGUUGGAGACUUUGCUAAAGUGGUUGGUACAAAUAUAAUUGUAGACAUUGGAGGUGGAAAAGGAUAUUUGAGUUCGUUACUAGCAUUGGCACACAGUUUAGAUGUACUCGGAAUCGAUUCUCAGUCAAUUAAUUCGGAAGGAGCAAAAAAAAGAACAUUAAAAUUUGAGAAAUAUUGGAUGUCAAUUUGCAAAAAACCUACCACUACUAAAACUCCCUGUCCAAUAAUCAAAGAAAAGCUCAAUAGCAACGAAGAAUACUACAAAAAGUAUAGAAGGAAGCCAAUAGUAGUUGGAAGCACUUACAAACAAACAACAGAAUACGUAACUGAAAAUACUAAAAUAGCUACUUUAGUACAGAACGAAUUUACUGUUGAUAAUAACGAAUGCUUUGGUCUAGUUGGACUGCAUACAUGUGGUUCAUUGGCGACGACUUGCAUUAAGUUAUUUGCUGAACCUCAAAAUCGUUUAAAUCUUUUAGUGAAUGUAGGCUGCUGCUAUCACCUAAUAGAAGAGGAAUUUACUGUCAAUUCAUUUUGGCAAGAUGUCGAACAGGCACUAAAUGAACAAGAGUCGUACGGUUUUCCUGUUAGUCAAUUUUUAAAAGACAAACAUUUUAAACUUGGACGUGACGCUAGAAUGUGUGCUUCUCAAUCACCAGACAAAAUUUUUAACUUAAAAGACUUAGCAUACCCAACAAAACCUUUAUUUUAUCGUUCCCUGUUACAAGUGUAUUUAUUACAAGAACUAAGCAUCGAUGAGGUUAACAGACAACAUGUUGGACGACUAGCACAUAAAUGUGCAACCUUCAAUGAAUAUGUCCAUAAAGCUGUCAAACGUCUCAAACUUAAUAUCAAAGUAGAUGAUGAAAAAGUCAAUAAUUUGUACAACUCUCAUCUAGUCGACUAUGAAAAAUUACAAGUGUUUUUCCUUUUAAAGCAAGUAUUAGCGCCCGUUAUAGAAGGAUUCAUUUUAAUGGAUAGAUUACUUUAUCUUUAUGAACAGGCGGGUGUGGAAGAAAAGGAGGCUUUAUUAAAACAAGACAUCUUUUGUCUAUUCAGUCUAAGAUUAUACCGCUCAGUUGAUGAGAACUCGUCACCACUGCGCAUCCCUCCACCUCUAGACUCCCCGCGUCUAGGUCUAGGUAGAAUAUUAACGACCAAUCACAGAACGUAUAACAACGGCUGAAGGGGCCAACAGUGUUCAGCAGUUUAAACUACAUGCGCGAAGCGGUUUAAUCUUACACUAAAUAGACUAUAGUACAACAUUUUAUAUAAAUUUGCGAAAACAAAUAUAAGAUACAAUUUAUUCACUUAAUAUAAACACAUUUUAAUUAAAUAUAUAAAUAUGCAUUUUUAAGUUAAUUACAUAACUUGAAUCGAAGCCUGCAUUGAAAUUGCACUUUUAUAAAUUGCGACAUAUAUCUUAUGAUACAAUCAAUUUUAUUUUUCAAUUUGAACAGAAUAGUGAUUUAAUCCUUUUUUCUUUCUUGUCUAUUUCAUAAAAUGUAUUUGUAGUAAUAAAUAAAUUUACACUAUUUACAUGUCUUGACUAGUUGGCCAACGUUUCGGAACAAUUGCACAUUCCAUCUUCAGGGCUUUGGUUCAACGUUACUCGUACCGCGCUCUCCUGCAGAGUGCAGACUGACCGAUUCGCUUCCGUGCUCUGUGGGCUUAGGUUAUAUACCAUACCCCCCCACCGUAUUUCCGCUUCCUCUUGCCGCUGCCAGCUGUUUUCUACGGCCACGCCCCUUUGCCUUGGCCGGCUGCCGCAUGACUGAUUUUCGUUUCCGUUAUCAAUAGUUUCUUUCUGUAUUUCCGGCUCUCUUCGUCCCGUUUUGUCUCCGGUUUCCUUUGGUAAUUGAUGUAUCCACCGGUUUCCACGUUUUGCUCAAUUUCCAACCAUCUUCUCGGUUGAAGUUUGUUGUGCAUUUUUCGAUUUCUAUGGCUUCCCUCACCAUGCGUUUCGAGUAAUGGAAUUCUCGGGACAGGACCUUGAUUUCUUCAAAGUUUACGCUAUGACCUUCUUGACCCAUGUGUUCUGCUACGGCCGAUUUUCCAGUUCUUUUGUAGUCCACAUCUUUUUUGUGUUCUAUUGCACGUACUUCAAUAGGUAAUUUUGUUUGACCGAUGUAUGAAUGACCACAGGUACACUGAAGUUCGUAGAAAAAAAAUUACAUUAAAGCUUAAUCUAGAAAGGAAAAAGUAAUGUCAGUAUUUGUGAUGCGUAACAUAAUAUACUUAAUAGCUUCAGGAGAAUAGAAUUAUUUAAUUUAGCAAAAAUAAAACACAUUUUAAUU